AUGGCUGCCGCUGGGGGUGGCUUCAAGAGCACCUGUGCGCCCAACUACACCACGGUUAGCAACGGCCAGCACUUGAUUGGCGAGUGCCUCACCGGAACAGGGAAGUCGUAUCGCACCAUACUGGAUCUCGACCAUUGCAUGGGCAAUCAGGGCGGUUUCCUGGUGUCGAAGAACGAGUAG